CAGUCUGACCAAAGACAUGACAGGAAAGGAGGAUGUCUAUCGAGGCCCGGCCAUCCGAGCUCUGUGCAGGAUCACUGAUGAGCUCUGUUGGGCUGCAGCACUGGGGAGGUGCAGCUGGAAGGUUUGGAAGCUCCAGUUUUUGUCUGGGAUUGCUCUGAUCCCUGCCCUGUGCAAUUUCCAGGAGCUCUGUGGGCCUGCAGCAGUGGGAAUGUGCAGCUGCAAUGUUUGGAAGCUCCCAUUUCUAUCUGGGAUUGCUCUGAUCCACGCCGUGUGCAAUUUCCAGGAGCUCUGUGGGGCUGCAGCACUGGAAGGUGCAGCUGCAAUGUUUAGAAGCUCCAGUUUAGUCUGGGGUUGCUCUGAUCCAUGCCCUGUGCAAUUUCCAGGAGCUCUGUGGGGCUGCAGCACUGGGAAUGUGCAGCUGCAAUGUUUAGAAGCUCCAGUUUCUGCUCUGGGGUUGCUCUGCUGGUGACUUUGUCACUGACCCUUCAGGACCAAGCAGCUCAAAGUCACAUCUACCUUGCAGAAUUAACUCAAGAUUUUUUGCUGAAGUCUUUUGAAUGUGGAUUUUUGCUUUCUGCUGCUGUUUUCCUCUCCUUCCAAAGCAUCCCCACUUCCCUUUGCCCUGUUUUCCCCUUGCCAGGGUACAAUGCUCCAAGCCAUUGAGAGGUACAUGAAGCAGGCCAUUGUGGACAAAGUCCCUGGUGUGUCCAGCUCUGCACUGGUGUCUUCCUUGCACAUGAUGAAGAUCAGCUAUGACGUGGUCAAAAGGUGGAUCAAUGAAGCUCAGGAAGCAGCUUCCAGUGACAACAUCAUGGUACAGUAUCAUGCUUUGGGGCUGCUCUAUCACCUUAGGAAAAACGACCGCCUGGCUGUGUCCAAGAUGCUGAAUAAAUUCACCAAAUCUGGCCUGAAAUCCCAGUUUGCCUACUGCAUGCUGAUCAGGAUUGCCAGCAAACUCCUCAAGGAGUCUGAAGAGGGGCAUGAAAGUCCCCUGUUUGACUUCAUCGAGAGCUGCCUGAGGAACAAGCACGAGAUGGUGAUUUAUGAGGCUGCCUCUGCCAUCAUCAACCUGCCAAACUGCACUGCCAGGGAGCUGGCACCUGCUGUGUCAGUGUUGCAGCUUUUCUGCAGUUCUCCCAAACCCGUCCUGCGCUACGCAGCCGUGCGGACCCUCAAUAAAGUGGCCAUGAAACAUCCAUCUGCAGUCACUGCCUGCAACCUGGACCUGGAGAACCUGAUCACAGACUCCAACAGGAGCAUCGCCACGCUGGCCAUCACCACGCUGCUCAAGACUGGCAGCGAGAGCAGCGUGGACAGACUCAUGAAACAGAUCUCCUCCUUCGUGUCAGAAAUCUCAGAUGAGUUUAAGGUCGUGGUGGUGCAGGCCAUCAGUGCCCUGUGCCAGAAGUACCCUCGGAAGCACAGCGUGAUGAUGACCUUCCUCUCCAACAUGCUCAGGGAUGAUGGUGGCUUUGAGUACAAGAGAGCCAUUGUGGAUUGCAUCAUCAGCAUCAUCGAGGAGAACCCCGAGAGCAAGGAGGCAGGGCUGGCUCACCUGUGCGAGUUCAUCGAGGACUGCGAGCACACCGUGCUGGCCACCAAGAUCCUGCACCUGCUGGGCAAGGAGGGCCCCAGGACCCCCUCCCCCUCCAAGUACAUCCGCUUCAUCUUCAACAGGGUGGUGCUGGAGAACGAGGCUGUCAGGGCUGCUGCUGUCAGUGCUUUGGCCAAGUUUGGGGCACAGAAUGAGAAUCUGCUUCCCAGCAUCCUGGUGCUGCUGCAGAGGUGCAUGAUGGACAGCGACGACGAAGUCAGGGACAGGGCAACGUUCUACCUGAAUGUCCUGCAGCAGAGACAGCUGGCCCUGAAUGCUGCCUACAUUUUUAAUGGGCUGACAGUCUCUGUUCCUGGGAUGGAGAAGGCCCUGCACCAGUACACACUGGAGCCCUCAGAGAAACCCUUUGACAUGAAAACAGUUCCCCUGGCCACAGCCCCGAUCUUUGAGCAGAAAGCAGAGAUUGCCCUGGUGACCAGCAAACCUGAGAAAGUGGCUCCCUCACGCCAGGAUAUAUUUCAAGAACAACUGGCAGCCAUCCCAGAGUUCAAGGGCCUGGGUCCCUUGUUCAAGUCCUCUGAGCCAGUGCAGCUCACAGAAGCAGAAACCGAGUAUUUUGUUCGCUGCAUCAAGCACGUGUUCCCAGCCCACAUCGUUUUCCAGUUUGACUGCACAAACACCUUGAAUGAUCAGCUCCUGGAGAGAGUGACAGUGCAGAUGGAGCCAUCAGAUGGCUAUGAUGUGAUCUGCUGCAUCCCAGCUCCCAGCCUGGCCUACAACCAGCCUGGCAUGUGCUACACCCUGGUCAGGAUCCCCCAGGAUGACCCCACUGCAGUCACCUGCACCUUCAGCUGCACCAUGAAGUUCACGGUGCGGGACUGCGACCCCAGCACGGGGGUGCCAGAGGAGGAUGGCUAUGAGGAUGAGUAUGUGUUGGAAGACUUGGAGGUGACAGUGUCUGAUCAUCUCCAGAAGGUUCUAAAGCCCAACUUUGCAGCUGCCUGGGAGGAGGUGGGAGAUGACUUUGAGAAAGAAGAAACCUUUGCACUCAGCUCCAUCAAAACCCUGGAUGAAGCUGUCAAUAACAUCAUCAAGUUCCUGGGCAUGCAGCCCUGUGAGAGGUCAGAUAAAGUGCCAGAAAACAAAAAUUCUCACACCCUCUACUUGGCUGGUGUGUACAGAGGUGGCUGUGACGUGCUGGUCAGGUCCAGGCUGGCCCUUGGGGACGGUGUGACCAUGCAGGUGACAGUCAGGAGCAAGGACGAGACGUCUGUCGAUGUCAUCCUGGCGUCCGUGGGCUGAGGGUUCAACAGUGCAGCUCCUGGAGCUGCCCCUCCUCCCUGCUCUCCUUCUGCAUGGGGUUUUUAUUCCUCCCUUUGGGAAAUCUUUUCUAUGCUGUCCUUUAGUGGCUGGCUGGGACUGAGCCAGUCCCACUUCCCUUGUUGUCACACCAUUCCCACCUAACUUAUGGCAUCUCAACCAGGGAAGAGAAAAGAUGUGAGAAAACGGAAUCAGAUUUUUGUCAAAAUUGCUUUUUAUUAACAGAAAAUAAACACUGGUUCAAGUGGUGGAAUUCAUAUGAA